AUGGAUGAACAGAUUUUAAAGAGGCUAACCAGCAGAGAGCUCAAAAGGACUAUUCUGCAAAAGGCGAAAGACAUUUUGGAAGAAAGGGAAAGAAGACCAAAUGACAGGAACACAGAUGGCAAAGGAAAUGCAACCACAGAAAAUGAACAGUGUUGUGAUAAAAAUCCUGAGGGAGAAGUAGCACGCGCUUCGGAUGUGGAUAGGGAUGCUCCUCCAGACAAGGAGGACAACUCUUUCUACAGUUUGUGCGACUUCUCUUGUAAAUAUCUCAACACGUGCCAAAUGAAAAUGCUGAAUCACUCGAACGUCGAAUACGAAUUGGUCAUCUCCUUUAUGCGAACCUUCAACAGUGAGCUCAAGUUUCAGCUGAACCUAACCAACGCCGAGGACGAGGAGGACAAGAAAAACUCAGUGCUUCACGAUAUGGCCAGCCUGUUCACCGACAAGCUUAUUUGCUACUGCACUUCCCCCAUGGGUGUUGUGGUCCCCAAUGGCGACAGCGACGGCGGCCUUCUGGGUGACGAGCUCCUGGAGCAGAUUCGUUUCUUUUUCAAGCAAAUCGAGGAGAAGAGCCACGAGAACUUCCUAUUCAACAUGUGCCUUAGAAAAAUUGCGGAAUGCAUUUUCAAUUUCAAGCCAAACCCAGAGGACGUGGCGAGCUGGAUUUCCAGACAGGCGUUGGCCGACCUGGUGAAGGCCCUAAUGAGCGAUAACUUAAAAAGAUACGAACAGUGCAUCAUCUGCAUGACGGACUUUAUAAAAGAAAGACACGCGAAAUUGAGUUUCGCCCAAGUUGACAACGUUGUACUCAUGAUCGAGAUCGUUCAAUAUGCCAUUGUUUACCUGUCUGAGCGGAAAUACAACACGAAAUGCUCCUCAUUCGUGCGAGAGGAAUGGUUUGAGCAUUUCACAGAUUUGCUGCAGACGCUGAAGAACUCCGAGUGGAAAAUAUUCUUCCACCAACUGAUAGUCGCGGAGACGUUUCUUUACGAGAAGAAGGCUGAAAACACGAACAAGGAGUUUAACAGCUAUUACAAGCAGCAGCUGGAGGUGUGGAGGCUGAGAAAUACGUCGUACUCCAAGUGGUUUAAAAUUGAGAUGCCCCUCUCGCUGAGUUUGCUGAAAUGA